UCAAGUUUGUUCCUCAUCUGUCCUAUUUAAAAUAAGUUUUUUCUAUUGUACAUUUGGAUUGCAACAAUGGAUAAAAAGUCUCUGGAAAAAAUGAUUCGAAACAUCAUGAGCGGUUUGAAGUCUGAAGAUCCGGAUAGCGACUCUGAUCCUGAUGAUCCUAAACCAUCUACGUCUAGUGGUCGAGGUCUCCCUAAGAAAUCCCUGAAAAGGUUGCAAAAAACCUUAAAAAAGAAAGCGAACAAGCUCGGUUUUGAACAAGUCGAUGAGCGUCGGAAGCUGUUUGCAAAGAACAAACUAGGCACGCCAUUCUCUAGCUUUGUUUAAAUUUUGUUGUUUGCAGCCUAAUGUAUUUUUUAUGCUUA